ACAAUAUUCACUUCAUUCAACCUUUUUCUGCUACUGAUUCCUUCGUCUUCUUUAAAGCAUAAUUAAAUCAAUAGAGUCAUCAAUGGAGGUCGCCAUGAAGAACACCCAAAACAUGUUAUCGAAGAUCGCAACCAACGACGGACAUGGUGAAAACUCUCCCUAUUUCGACGGUUGGAAGGCGUACGACGCCAAUCCCUUCCACUCUCAACACAAUCCCGCCGGCGUUAUUCAAAUGGGUCUUGCCGAGAAUAUGCUUUGUUUUGAUUUGAUCCAAGAAUGGAUUCAAGCGAACCCGACUGCUUCAAUAUGUACCCCACAGGGAGCUUCGGAUUUUAAAGAGACUGCCAUUUUUCAAGACUACCAUGGCUUGCCGGAGUUCAGAAACUCCAUUGCUAAUUUCAUGAGCCGAGUUCGAGGAAACCGUGUGACAUUUGACCCUGACCGCAUUGUGAUGAGUGGUGGCGCCACCGGAGCUCAUGAAACGCUGGCUUUCUGUUUAGCAAAUCCCGGCGAAGCAUUCUUAGUUCCCACCCCUUAUUAUCCAGGGUUCGAUCGAGAUUUGGGAUGGCGAACUGGAGUCAAGCUUUUACCGGUGGUUUGUGAAAGCUCAAAUAACUUCAAGAUCACCUCAGAAGCUCUCGAAACUGCCUACGAGAAUGCAAAACUAGCCAACAUUAAAGUCAAAGGGCUGUUAAUAACAAACCCAUCAAACCCAUUGGGAACUUUCCUCGACAGGGAAACCUUAAAAGAUCUAGUGACUUUCAUCACCGACAAGAACAUCCACCUCAUAUGCGACGAGAUCUAUGCCGGCACAGUCACCAAAGGUGAUGAAUUCAUUAGCAUUGCAGAAAUCAUAAAAGAAGAGCCCAAAUGCAACCUGGACUUGAUUCAUAUCGUUUAUAGUCUCUCAAAAGACAUGGGAUUCCCCGGGUUUAGAGUCGGAAUCGUAUAUUCCUACAACAACAAUGUCGUCAACAUCGCUCGUAAAAUGUCGAGCUUCGGGCUGGUUUCGACUCAAACCCAACACAUGCUCGCCUCCAUGCUAUUGGACAAUAAGUUUGUUGACAACUUUAUAUCCGAGAGCCGAAUCAGGCUAGCCCACAGGCACGAUAUGUUUACCCGUGGGCUAGCCCAGGUCGGAAUCGGGAGCUUGGAAAGCAACGCGGGCUUGUUCUUUUGGAUGGAUUUACGUCGAUUCCUAAAAGAGCCAACUUUUGAAUCUGAAAUGACAUUCUGGCGGACUAUAAUAUGUGACAUUAAGUUGAAUGUCUCACCAGGCUCAUCAUUCCACUGCUCUGAGCCUGGCUGGUUCCGUGUUUGUUUUGCAAACAUGGACGAUGAGACCACUAUGAUCGCGUUAAGAAGGAUUAAGACGUUUGUGCUAAAGAACAAGAUGCUCGAGAUCAAGACCAUGAGACCUUGUUGGCAAAACAAUCAACAUUUCAGGUUAUCAUCACGAAGGCUUGACGAUAUGUUGACUCCUCACCGGAUGUCACCUCAUUCCCCGCUUGCCUCGCCGUUGGUGCGGGCGCAUAAUUAGACCAGCAUGCGUUGUUGAUGCAUUAAGUACAAUAGAUGCAAGCAAGGUUUUUGACAUAAAGAGUGUAAGGGUAUAGAAGUGUGAGAAUUGUAUAGUCUCUAUGACAUAAUUAUUUGUUGCAUGACAUGACCUAUUGUGU